AUGGCAGAAGCAAGCGCCUCUCGAAGCAACGCCCUAAUCAUCGGCAUAUCUGGCGUCUCUUCAUCCGGAAAGACCACACUGGCCCGGAUACUUCGAGACAUCUUCCCUCGCACCUUCAUCCUCCACGAAGACGACUUUUACAAGAACGACACAGACAUUCCCCUCAAUCAAGAACACAAUAUCGCAGACUGGGACUGUCUGGAAGCUAUCAAUCUCCCCCAAUUCCAACAAGCCUUGGAAUAUAUCCGCCAACAUGGGAUGUCGCCACCUGACUUUGUGUCCAAGGAAGACCAGAACUCUGUUGGAGAGGUUGAUGUCGACAAGGCCUUGAUCGAAGACCUGCAGUGGAAAGCAAGCAAGUGGAUGUUCGCGGAUGCACCUCCAAUAGCGAUCAUCGACGGCUUCUUGCUCUAUUCGGAAGGCAUGAAGGCCGUGCGUGAUCUGAUCGACGUGAAGCUAUUCCUCAGAACAGACUACAAGACCGCAAAGACCCGGCGAGAAGCCAGGAGUGGUUAUGUGACUUUAGAGGGAUUCUGGGAAGAUCCGCCUGGCUAUGUUGAUAAGGUGGUCUGGCCGAACUAUGUCAAAGACCAUGCAUUCAUGUUUAAAGGAGGAGAUGUGGAAAGCGAAUAUUAUGAGGAGCAACUUCAAAGGCUGAAGAUCAGGGCUGCGCCGGACGCUGCGCUGAAAGAAAUGACGAAACGUGUUCAAUGGGCUUACGAUGUGCUGGAAGAGGCGCUGAACAGCUUCACAGAGCCAAGGUUGGCACCUUGA